ACAGGAUGCGCCUUGGGUCAGGGGGCCGCGGAAAGCCCUCAGCCUUUGUGUCCUUCCCUGCGACGGAGUGUCCACGUCUGAGCCCUCGGCUCCCCUUGGAGCUCAGCCGGGACUGCCGCUGUCACCGCCGGGCUGCCAGCCUCCCGCCCAGGGGAACACAGAGGCCAUGAUGGCCGGCUCCACCGGCCUGCUCUUACUGCUGCUGCUGGUCGAGCCCUGGGCGGGGGCUGCCGCUGACCAGGAGGCCGUGGUCUGCGCGGGAGCUGCCUGCUACACGGCCCACAGGGUCAAGCUGAGUGCGGAAGACGCCCAGCUCCACUGCAGCAAGAAAGGGGGCAACCUGGCCACGGUGAAGAGCGAGGAGGAGGCCCUGCACGUCCAGGGCGCCCUGGCCCAGCUCCUGCCACCGGGGGCGCCCCUGGCAGAGCGCAUGGGCAGGUUCUGGAUUGGGCUCCAGCGAGACAAGGGCAAGUGCCUAGACAGCAACCUGCCCCUGAAGGGCUUCAGCUGGGUGGGCGGCGGGGAGGACACGUCGUAUACCAACUGGCACAAGGAGGCCAAGAACUCUUGCACCUCCAAGCGCUGCGUGUCCCUGAUGCUGGACCUGUCCGUGCCGGCCCUGGCCAGCCGCCUCUCCAAGUGGACCGAGGGUCCGUGUGGGAGCUCCAGGUUUUCUGGGAGCAACAUCGAGGGCUUUGUGUGCAAGUUCAGCUUCAAAGGCAUGUGCCGGCCGCUGACCCUGGGGGGCCCGGGCCAGGUGAAUUACACCACCCCGUUCCAGGCCACCAGCUCCUCCCUGCAGGCCGUGCCCUUCGCUUCCAUGGCCAACGUGGCCUGUGGGGACGCGGACGAGAGCUGGCAGCAUUACUUCCUGUGCAAGGAGAAGGCCCCCGAUGUGUUUGACUGGGACAGCUCGGGGCCCCUCUGUGUCAGCCCCAAGUUCAGCUGCGACUUCAACAACGGAGGCUGCCAGCAGGACUGCUUCGAGGGUGGGGAAGGUUCCUUCCGCUGCGGCUGCCGGCCGGGGUUCCGGCUGCUGGACGACCUGGUCACCUGCGCCCCUCGGAACCCUUGCAGCUCCAGCCCGUGUGGAGGGGGGUCCACGUGCGUCCCUGGGCCCCUCGGGAAGGACUUCACGUGCCACUGCCCCCCAGGCUACCGGCUAGACUCGACUCAGCAGGACUGCGUGGACAUGGACGAGUGCCAGCAAGCUCCCUGUGCCCAGGAGUGUGUCAACACCCUCGGGGGCUUCCGCUGCGAGUGCUGGGUGGGUUACGAGCCUGGUGGCCACGGAGAGGGGGCCUGCGUGGAUGUGGACGAGUGUGCCCCCAGCCACUCGCCCUGUGCCCAGGGCUGCACCAACACCGAUGGCUCUUUCUACUGCUCCUGCGAGGGGGGCUACGUCCUGGCCGGGGAGGACGGCACCCGGUGUGUGGACGUGGACGAGUGUGCAGGCCCGCAGGGCGGCCUCUGUGACAGCCUGUGCUUCAACACGGAGGGGUCCUUCCGCUGUGGCUGUCUGCCAGGCUGGGAGCUGUCUCCCGAUGGGGUCUCCUGCACCGGGGGCCUCACAUCCCUAGGACCACCAGCUGGGCCUCCCCAAGGGGAGGACACAGGAGAUGGAGAGGGGAGGCUCGUGUCUUUUUCCGCAACGUCCAGUCCCACCAGGGACAGCCCCGAGGGCACCUCCACGGUGGCCCUCGCCGCCAGGAGACCCUCCCUCCCAGACAGCGUCCCCAUCUCCCUUGCCCCACCCGACAUGCUGGCCCCCAGUGGGUCCCCUGGUGUCUGGAUGGAGGCCAGCACCCAUCACCCCACGGCCACCACUGGCCGUGAGGCUUCCGCAGGUGAGGAUUUCACCGCCCAGCAAAGCGACGAUGGCACGGACGGGCAGAAGCUGCUCCUGUUCUACAUCCUGGGCACUGUGGUGGCCAUCCUGCUCCUGCUGGCUCUGGCUCUGGGGCUCCUGGUCUAUCGCAAGCGCAGAGCCAAGAGGGAGGAGAAGGAGAAGAAGCCGCAGAGCGCAGCAGACAGCUACGCCUGGGUCCCUGAGCGAGCCGAGAGCAGGGCAACGGAGAACCCCUACAGUCCGACGCCGGGGACAGACUGUUGAAGCUGAGGAGGCCCCGAGACACUGACAGUGACCACCGUCCUCAGAGGCAGGUGCCUGUUGGAAGCAGGACCCCCAUCCUCCUGGAAGACUGGACUGCAAUCUUGGCAAAUAGUUGUCAGCCUUCUCUUUAAACGCCUGGCAACUUGAACUGUGCAGGUAUCACACGCGUGUGCUGUGUGAGUGGUGGGUCGGGUGUCCUUUCAGGAAUUUGAUGCAUGUUAACAAUUCUCCCUCCCUCUCCCUGUUCAAAUUCAAAUGUGACUGAGUUCAUUUCACCCUGAUUCUGGAUUGGGCGUGACAAGUUAGGUGCUAAUGGGCUCCCUUUGAACUGCUUCUCUGCGUAACCAUCGAAGAAGAAGUUGUGAACCAGGGAAAAUUAGGACUGAAAUGAUUUGUGCUUCCUGGUGUGACAGAGGCUGAGUCGAUCAACUUUUUGAUUACACAAGAAGCUCUGUUUCUGUCCGAGGGAACAUGUUGAGGCUGGAGAGUUUCCAUCUGCUUCGGUGGCACGGAGGCAGGACGUUUAGAAAUCGCAUCUUCUAGUUCUUCAGGUUCUAGUAGUCUUCAGUUUAUUUGCAGAUGAAAUCUGAACAAUGUGGGGAAAAUUGUACGAAGUGAGUUAAAAGCGUUUCUGGAAGCUAGAGUGAGAGGGCGGAGUUUGUUUCAAAACUACUUGAAUCAAUUCGUCUAAAUAAAUGUACUGAUGUUA